AUGCUUUUUUAUUCGGUUCUAAAACUUUUCUUCUCAAGGGCCAGCCUUGCCAUAGGAUAUCAGCUUGGGUUCCAAUAUCUUUACUGGGGCUGGGUGGGGUGGGGGUGGCUUUUACCAUUUGAACCAGCUUGUUGGAUGGCGCGGAAAACACUUUCGUACAUGAUGUGCUCAAUAAAGGCGCGGUGGGAAUGCCUCUUCCCAAUCCUUUUUCCUUUCAAAGAUACUUUUUCAACGGCCAUCACGUCUCUAUUUGACCCAUGUUUCGCUGCCAACCCUGGGAAGAAUUUCCCAAUGCAUACAAGAAAAUCGAAACAGUGGUUGCGCUUGAAUUUAUUAAAGAAUGAAACCGUUUGCGCUUUGCCAAGCUUAUACAUCCCCGCAGCAAUGGCUACAGGUUUUCCCGUCUGCGGAUAA